AUGAUUUGUGUGAAAGUAUAUGGUUUCAGUGGUCUAUUGACCAAGGUGAUGCCAUCCCAGCUGGAACUGGACACUGUGAAUGCUCAGGCCAACAGGGCCUUUCAAGAGCUGAAAAGUUUGGAAACCACCUCAGUGUCUACCAUGAUUAGGGGCCAAGAUACAAACUUUUUAAGAAACCCUUACCUCAAAAACAAGUUGACUGUCAAGAAAUACGAUGUCAGAUCUUCUGGGUACGUAGUGUCUCUUUCCACUCCAAUCAUAUGGUAUAGGGGAUACAAAGCCCAGUCCUUAAUUCACAAAAAACAAGACCUCAUUUGCAACUUUUUCACCUGGUUUUCAGACCAUGAUGUUCCAGAGUCUGACAGAAUUGCUGAGAUUAUCAAAGAGGACCUGUGUCUACAACCGCUGCCAUACUAUCUGUUGUGCAAAGGAAUCCCAAGAGCCAGAUGCUGACCAACAAGGGAGCCAGUCACAAAGUCCCUUACCACCUCUCGCUGGACAUAUCCUUGGAGAAGAGUAAUGGAUAUGCUUUUUUUCCCCCCUGCACCUGCUCUUCUCUCUGGAUAUUCAGUUCCUUCAACCUCAAGACCGAGACUGUUACAGAUGUGCUUCUUCAUUUCCACAUGGCUUUUUUAAAUUUUUUUUUUUCCACACGGCUUUCAUGUUUUCUUUUAGUAUCCCAUGCUGAUAUAUUUCAGUUAAAUUUUUUCUGUCUUUAAAAAGCCUAAGUGUAUAUGCUCACAGUUGUCCACUGCUAGGGAAAUUCUGAAGGUAGUAUUUCCCUGUUCCUGCCACUUCUUCUGUGGCUGGGAAAGUCACUAAAAGGGAUAUAAUGACAGUUCUGGUCAAGUGAUGACCAGCAAGCCACAAGUGUGUCUUGGAGACUCACUUCAUCGUUGAUCUCAGGGUUCAGUGCCAGCUGGCUUUGGUGCUCAAGGCAGCAGACCGUUCCACAAAGUUGGCCAUUGAUUUGGGCACAAAAGAAUGGUCUCAUGUCAGCAGCAUUAAACUCCUGAGUUUGAAAAGGGUUGGGAUUUGACCACUGUAUUUGUUAAAUUCUUACAAUCUGAGAAUAUGAGAAAGAUUAAAAAUAUAUUAUUCUUGUCUUCUGAACAGACAUGGAUUAUAAGGCUUCUAAACUUUUUCCUUUUGCCCUUAUAAAAGAUUAAAAUUAAAUGUAAAAAGAGCUUUCCUGUUCCUAACGGUGUCACAGCCUUGUUCUAAAGAUGAACUGUCACGAUGCCUGGCAGAGCAUCUUGACAUGAGCAGAAUUCGCUGUGAACCUGGUCUGCUCUCAGGGACGCUCUCUCUCUGAAGCACCUGUCCAGACGGUACAGGUACGUGCUGACUUUAGGCACUUGGCCUGCUCCUGGAGGCUGCAAACUCUUUACCCGGGGUCACACACACAGGUGGGGCACUGUCACUUUUGUCUUGACUGCUGUUUAAUGUCCCUGCAGGGGGACAUUAAAGUCUCAUCUGUGGAAGGGAUACUCUGCCCAGGCCCUUCCCAGUCAAAACCCCAAAGGGGGUAUACAGGACUUCCUAGUGCUAGAUUUCAGGAUCAACGCUCUUUCAGUUUGGUGAUAUAGUUUUGUACUUUUUUGUGUGUAAUCGUGUAUAUUAAUCAACAGUUUAUUAAACUUUGUUUUAUUGUCUUUAUCUUGGUGUUAGAGGCUUUUGUUGUUUACAAAUCCAGACCUCUAAAUUAAGCAGCUGUAACUGUAAUCUCUUUAAAGCGACAUUUUAUAGGAGUUAAAACUUUUGCUUAAAAAAACCCCAAAACAUGAGACUUUGUUUAGAUUCUCUCAAAGAUCAGGGUAACCUAUACUGCUCUAAACAAACUACCACAACUUUGACAUGGUGAGUGUAAAGGAUAUUGUUUCCCAGACAGGUGGGAAAAGUCCUACCAGGGCCUCACUCUGAUCUACUGUUUUUCAAAUGGCUAAGGGAGCCCCUUGGGUUCCACCAUUCUCCCUAAGGAGUUGGUGGGCCUUGGUAUGGAGAGUCCCAAGGCUGGGAGGGCAACCGGGGCAUUUACCUGUCUAAGAAGGCAUUGGUGCAGAUUACUAGUUUUGAGCAGAGACAUCUAUCUAGUAAGUACUCUGAGUAUCACAAGGGAUGCUUUGUGUACCCAGUGGGUCUUGUCCUUCAGCAGGAGACACUCACUGAAGGACUCCACACCUAAUUUUCUCUUUCCAUAGGCC